AUGUACGCGCUGGAGUACCUGGCGCACCGCCUGCGCCCCUACGGCUACCGGCCCCGCUACCUGUCACCCAUGUGCACCCGGCACUCGCGGGUGCCCUCCUUCCCCCUGGGCUUUGCCAUGGGGCUGCUCCUGGGGGGGGCCCUGCUGCACAGCCUGCGCCAGGCCCUGGUGCCCCCGACCCCCCCGGCCCCCCUGCGCCUUGCAGCCCGACACCGCCUGCCCCCCCGCACAGUGAACAGCAGCGAGGCGGAGGAGCUGUCGCGGCGCGUGCGCGUGCUGUGCUGGGUGAUGACGGCGCCGCRCAACCUGGCCACCAAGGCGCGCCACGUGCGGGCCACGUGGAGCCGCCACUGCAACGUGGCCCUGUUCAUGAGCUCGCGGCGCGACGAGCGCUUCCCGGCCGUGGGGCUGCGCGCGCGCGAGGGCCGCGAGCAGCUCUACUGGAAAACCAUCCGCGCCUUCCAGUACGUGCACCGGCACCACCUGGGCCAGGCCGACUGGUUCCUCAAGGCGGACGACGACACCUUCGUGCUGGUGGCCAACCUGCGCUGGCUGCUGGCCGCCUACAGCCCCGAGCGCCCCAUCUACUUCGGCAAGCGCUUCCGGCCCUUCGUGCGCCAGGGCUACAUGAGCGGCGGCGCGGGCUACGUGCUCAGCAGGGAGGCCCUGCGGCGCUUCGUGGCCGCCUUCGCCGCCGGCACGUGCACGCACACGAGCUCCGUGGAGGACGUGGCGCUGGGGCAGUGCAUGGAGAAGGUGGGCGUGGAGGCGGGCGACUCGCGGGACACGCAGGGCCGCGAGACCUUCCACCCCUUCCCGCCCGAGUCCCACCUCACCGAGAAGUUCACCAAGAGCUUCUGGUACUGGAACUACUGCUACUACCCCAUCGUGGAGGGCCCGGCGAGCUGCUCGGACCUGGCCGUGUCCUUCCACUACGUGGCCGGGGAGCAGAUGUACGCGCUGGAGUACCUGGCGCACCGC